AUGAGGCGCGCGCUGCUUGCUCUCGCUGCCAUCGGCAUCAGCACUGUUCACGCCCUCACCGGACAGUGGGCGUGUGCAGACGAACUGUGCUUGACAGCGACGCGCGACAAUGGAAUCGACACUUAUACACUUCAACCCGUGGCCGACAUUCCCCACAGCCACUUUGGAUGGAUGGCAGUGGGAUGGGGCGCGCAGAUGAUCGGCUCCCCGAUGGUCAUCGUAUGGCCCAAUGAGGACGGCACUUUUACCUUGAGCCAGCGUCAAGCAAUCCAUCACCAGGAGCCACCUCUGGUCGCAUCCCCACCCAGGACAGCCACGCUCGAGUCUGACCUGUCAUGGUCCAACGACACCAGCACGAGUAUCACGUUCACGAUGCCGUCCAACUCUGACAACACGACGAGCUUCAUCUGGGCACUGUCCAACACCAACCCGGCCAACAGCGACCCAGGUGCCAACCUCAUCGAGCAUACAUGGCGAGGUGUCAUUUUCGCGUCCAUGGAGGCCGACUGGACUGGCAACAGGAUCCAGAUGAGCAGCAAGUUUGACACACACAGCCCGGCCAAUACCAAGAGUGGUAAAGCCUCGUUUGCGCUCAUUGCACACAUUACGUGCGGCGUGCUGGCCACCAUGAUGGUGUUGCCUGGUGGUGUUGUUGUCCCACGCAUUACCCGCGGCCUGACAACGUCAAACUGGUGGUUCCGGUUCCACCAGAUUUCCCAAGGUAUCUGCGCAAUUGCGCUCAUCGCUGCCGGCUUUGGCAUCGCCCUGAGGUUUGGCGGUGAGCUCGACAGCACGCACCGCAAGACUGGCGUUGCGCUCUUCGCCCUCACAAUCGUGCAGAUCCUCCUCGGCCUCUUUGCCCAUUACUACACGCCCGGCUGGCGCGUCCGCCGGUUCGUUUUUGAGACCAAGCGCGGCCGUGGGCCCAGCAACUUUUUGCACGUCAUCAUGGGCGUGAUCAUUGUCGCCGUGGGCUGGAGUACCUGCUGGACGGGCUUGACAGACGAGUGGCACCGCCGCGGCCACGGUAUCCCCAAGAAUGGCUUCCGCAUUGGCUGGGGCAUGAUCAUCAUGCUGUGGAUCGCCGCCUAUUUCCUGGGCAUCAUAUUUCUCCUCCCUCGCCAGCUCCGUAUCGAAAGCAAGCAGCGCGACGAGAUGCGCAAGUACGAAAACAACGAGGUGUACCGUAACAGCGCCGUCGCCCUCGCCAACGAGUACUACAUGGAAGAGCGUGGCGUCAAGGUAUUCUCCCCAACAUCCGACAUGCACCAGCUCUCGCCCGAGGUCCACGGCAACGGCAACGACCUCCCACGCUCGCCCACCCACUCGCAGUACACGUUCCAGUCGUACCCGCGCUCGCCCGAGACGAGCCCUUCUCAAUUGAACAUUUCGUCCUUUGGCAACUCGUCGUCUACGUACUUUGGCCACUUUGCCGCACCAGGCGCGCCAGCCCCGCCCAACCCUUCAAGACCAGAGGGUCUCGACGGCGGCUCGGUGGAGCACGACCCACCCGCCACAAACCUCUCGGCCAACCUCUCGGCCGUGACCAUCCCCAUCACGCUCGCGCCGUCCAAGGCCGUCAGCCCGCCCCCGCCGCCCAGGCCACCCAGGCAGCACAACUGGAAUCUUAUGAAGAAUAAGAUCUAA